AUGACCAAGUACACAGUAGUAGAACAGUCUGCCCCUAAUAAGCUGCCAAAGCUUCUAGUGGGAGAACUGACCCCUGAAGCUGCCUGCAAUUGGGACAACACAUGCUUGACCUACUUCAUGCACAAAGAAACAGAAGAAAAGAACCAGGUGAAAACAAUAGUGUUUGGCAUGAUGGACCCACACCUGCACACCUGGUACUUGACUCAAAGGGCAACCUUAGAUGCAGGGACUAUAUGUAUGACUGCACUGAAGAGUGCAUGGCUAGAGACCCACUGGGACUCCAAGAAGGUUUUUGGCUUGUAA